AUGAAAGAAAUGAUGAAACAAGUGUUAGAGGCUUCUAAAAGUCAGCAUAGCCAUCAGCAAAUCUCCCAAGAGUUAUGGAAUUCAGUGCAACCAAUACUUGCAGCUCAAAGGGAAUUAGCUGAACUUCAGCACAUCUCGCACAUGGAACUGAUCAGAGUUAUGGUUGAGGCUAGGUACAAAGAUACUCAGGCAGACAAAAGGGGUAUCAAAGAAUCCCUUUCUAAACUUAGUGGCACUUCCCCUGCACCUGUUUUUGAAAAGGAUGAUCAAGAUGAUGCCAAAAAGGGGGAGAAAAAUUCAAUGAGAAAGCUGGAUGUUAAUCCUAAAGCAAAUCUUAAAGAUGAAGAGAUUGUGGCAAAGCAGAAGAGAAAAGAUACAGCAGAGAGCAAAGCAGAUGUUUGGAAGAAGGAACAGGAGGAUAAGAUGAAAAGAGAAAACCAAACAAAAAAUAUUGGAACUUCUAAUAGAAGAAAAUCUUUCAGAAACAACAGACCUCCAAUUGACACAUUCACCAAAACCAAUGCUGCUUCUAAAAAGCCUCAAACCACUGCUUCAACCAAACUGAAACCCUCACCUCAAAAACCACCUCAAAAGAAGCAGAAAACAGCUUCAAAACCACCAUCUUCACCCCCAAAAUCAACAGAUGUUGAUGCAUCAAAAGCAUCAGUAGAUGUUAAGGCAACAGUUGUUGAGACAACAGUGGUUUCAACAGUUGUUAGCCAAUCCACUACUUCCAUUCAUUUUGAUCCUCCAUCUUCAACACAACCACCAACACCUCAAAUAUUCCCUUUACAAUCAACCUUUUCACCUAAACCACCUUCUCCAUCAAAGACUCCUCCUCCUCCAAAAUUUGCCUAUGCCAGAAAAAGAAAAUUUGUUGUACUUGAAGAAGAAAAGGAGAUUCCAUCACCCAUGCCUUUAUCAUCUGCUCCUGUUCAAAUCAUUCCACCCUCAUCAUCUCCACAAACAAACCCACUCAAUCAUCCACCAUUGGUUACAUGCCACCAGUCAGAGCAUUGGCAACUCAAUAUCCUCUGGAACUGCUUGUAG